GUAGUAAGACAGCCGCCGCUCCGGGAGCGAGGUGUACGAUCACACAGAAAAUGAGUACGGGGGCCAGCCUGACACGAUUUAAAAGAUCUUAUCGAUCCAGAUAUUGUCCCAAUAAGGGGUCAGGUGGACUGCCUGAUUUGCAACCUGGGCAAAAUGUUCUGUCUGCGAUAAAAAAAUAUUUUGACAACCAAGGUAGUGAUAGUGAUUCCCAGUUAUCUGAUUUAUGUAACACUCUAUCACCUGCAAGUGAAACAUCCAGUGAACAUUCUACAACACUUAAACAACUUAGCAGACCGAGAGUUGUUCAGUCUCUCCAAACUGCUACAGACUUUCAAACAUCACAAUCUUCAGCCCGUAGCAAGAAUACACCAAACCAGAAAAUAAAAAGCCCUGCAGCAUCAGGACGCUCUAUCGGGAAGAGUCUUCCACGACCUAAAUAUUAUGAAAGUACCAGUGAUUCUGAAAAUGAUGAGGAAGAAUGCAGCAGUGUUAAAAGUGGAGCAAUUUUACUUCCUCCCCUCAAUAUCACGGUAGACACACCGGCGCUGGUAGAACAUCCUGUUGGAUUCCGAGAUCAAUAUUACAGAAUCGAUCGAUCUGCUGUACAAACUCCUGCAAGUCCAACUGUUAGGCUUCCUGCAAAUAAGAGGUUAAGUUUCAAAAAUGCUGCAACAGUGAAAUACGUGGACACCACUCUACCAGAAACUAGAGAUAAAAACUCUUUAAAUCCUCCAAAUAAUGGCACGAACAAUUCAGCAGUGUCUACAAGGACGCCUGGACUUGGAUUGUCAACAAUUGUCCCCGGUUACCCAUCUGCUAACGUACAAGUUGAAGAAGAUGAGUUUCUGAUCAAUGCGGAAGACAGCUGUGUUUUGGAUACUUGGGUUGGAUUAACUGAUACAAACCAGAGGAAAGAACAAGAGUCAAAAAGAAAGACACCCAGUGCAAAAUUAAUAUCACAGACAUUUACUGGCGAGUCUAAAGUGAACAGAAAAUCUCAAGUACCAUUAAAGGCAUUAUUCAAUGAUGGCUUACAGCAGUACAAUUCACCAUUGAAGUCGGUCAAUAAAGAAAAUGUUACAACUGAAGAUACACCACUGACUGCCACUAGAGCAUAUCAACGUGGAAAAGCGGAAGCCACAUUAACUCCACAAAAAGUGCAGUCAAUUCCAAAAGACUUAGGCAGUCUUAAUCGGAAUACCAUUGGGAAUACUCCACAAAAAUCUGGACAAGUAACUUUGCUUGAGGGCUCCAGAAAAGACUAUGCUGGUUCAGCCAACAAUGAGGUUGGAAAAUACGUGAACUCCCAAAGCCCUCUGGUGACUUCUGAAAAGAUUUUUAAAUCUUUAGGAAGAGCAUCUGGUUCAACAACUAAAAGUAAUAUAACAAGGAAAGCAUCAACUGAUACUCACUCACCUUAUAAAACACAACGACCUGAUAAAACUCUGGAGAAUGUUCAAGUGUCACCAUAUGUAAAGACCAUACAGACAUCUGAAAAACCAAAUAAUUUAGCAAAUUCGAAUCUAGUGAAAAGGCCAGUUUCAUCUAUGUUUUUACAAGCCGCUUCUGUGGCUCAUCCAGAUAGCAGGUUGCCACUUGUUGUUCCUGACCCUCUGGCAGUGCCCUUUACUCAUGAAGAUGUUGAAGAUGAAGAUUUCGAAGAUGAAGAUUUCAUGAUCAAUGAAUUAAGUAACUCUACAAAGACUUACAUUUCAAUCCCUAGAUUUGGAAAACCAAGUCAAAGCUCAAAAUCAAAGUCUGUGCCUAAAAUCACAGAGUUAUCCCCUGCUGAAGAACACAUUUCUCAAGACAAAAGUUGGAAUCGUAUAAGUCAAGGUGCUGACAACAGUAGUCAAAGACCAAAUAUAGAGGAAAUAAAUGUAACCUAUUCUUUAGAGGUAGAUGGCAUUAGUUUAUCUACGUCAGACAAACCUUCCACAAAGGAAGAUGAUCCAAGUGAUAUGAAUUCUGAUCGUGGAUCACUUGGAAGGGAAGAUCAUAUGCAGUCGGAUGAUAGUGAUCAUGAAAAUAGCAUUUCUGAAACAGGACAGAAAAACUCAGCAAACUUGAUUUCUAAGAAAAAAAAAGGCAAGCCAAUACAGAACAGUCAGCAGAAAAAGGCUUUAAGUAAGAAAGUUUCUCCUACCCUGGAUAAAUAUUGUGACAAGAAAAAGAAAAUUCAAAAGAAUGAUACAGAGAUUCCUCAGAAAAGGUCAGAGACUAACACGGAGGCUCUGCAUAAUAAUACAAGUCGUCGCAGUUGUAGAACAAAAAAAGCUUGUGAUGAUUGGUGGGUUGUUAAAUCCCCUGUAUCUCUGGACAACUCUUACCUUCAGCAAACCACUGCCAGUGGACAUCCUGAGAAUGAGUCGCAUUCUGCAAGUAAGGAAGCAGUAAAGAAAAAGUCAAGAAAGGAGAAACAAAGAUUCACAAGUCCGGUUCUCUGUGAAAAUAAUUACCCCAGUGACUCCCGCACCAGUGUGGAAGCCGUUGAAAACUUAUCACCAAAAUUAUCAUUAAGAAAACGAAAAGUUUCUGAUAACAAUGUCCAAAAUAAUGAGGCACAUGCGGUGCCCAAAAAGAGGCCAAAAUCAAUACUUAAAGCCAAUUCCAAAAUAAAAGAAUCAAAAGAUAUUGAAGAAAACCAUAGUGAAAUAGAAGAUGUUCUCAGUGUCGGUGAGGAGUGUAUAAUUAACAGAAAGAAAAGAUCUCAUGUGUCAACAUUACACAGAUCAAUUAUGACUGGAGAGCAACACCAAUCUGUUAAAAAUAUUAGGAAGUCAUUGGCUGCAUUUGGGGUUGCAUACGGGAAAAGUCCACAUGCAAAUAAGACUGUACAAAAUGCACUUAAUGAGAGUGACACAGAGUCUGCAAAUUGUCCACGUGAAGCCUUUCUUAACACUCCAACAAAAAAUAGAAAUUUGGUAUCCUCCUUAAGAACCCCUGUGCCACAUUCUGAACAUUUGUUGGACGAUUCUCUUCCCAAGUCUAUAUGUCAAGAAUCCUUAAGUAAUGAAAACGAGGAUUCUCAAACAGAGAACAGUUCCACAGCAAAUGAGAGCCCUGCCAUUAAACGAACUGUAGAAUUCGAAAGUUCAAAGAAGAAGCAAAUUAGUCCAGACCACUCAGACGAUCCAGAAUCUACGAAUGAAGAUGUAGAGCAUAAUGUAAACCAGAAGAUUGUUCUACCUUCACAUACUCCCAAUGUACGCCGCUCAAGAAGAACAAAAGUUAAGCCUUUGCAAUACUGGAGAGGGGAACGUGCAAAUUAUCUGCCUCGGAAAUCAGGUGGCUUUGUGAUUGAUGGCAUCAUACCAGCUCAAGACAAUGAAGAUAGCAAAAAACCUGCUAAUAAAAAACAAAAUAAGAACAAAGGUGGCUUGAUGAUUGAUGGCAUCAAACCAGCUCAAGAUAAAGAAAAGAGAAAACAAACUGCUAAUAAAAAGCAAAAUAAGAACAAAGGUGAAGAAGAAUACAUUUCUAAACCUACAGACAUGCAACCCUUAGGACCUACUGUGGUUCUUGAUCCAGUUACAGGAACAGAAAUAAAUAUGGAAUGUGUCAAAACAGGUGAAGACUGUCAUCACAGUGAUUCCCCCCAAAAAAUAUCUUUUUGCAAGAGCUUUCGCAAUCAAAUUUUUUCUACAGGAAAAUUGAUAGUUGGACCAUUACAGGAAAAAGGAUAUCAGUUUGUCUGCCUCCAUACAAUGCUUUUUCACAUUAUUAAAGGUGAUGUAGAGGUAACAAUUCAUGUGACAAGUUACCAUCUGAAAUCUGGGGAUUCAUUUUUUGUACCACCUGGUAACCUAUACAAUAUAAAGAAUGUGUUGAAUGAAGAAGCAAUGCUGAUUUUCACACAGAUCAAGGGUCCGUCAAUGUUAGAGGAUUCGGAUUCGGAUUUGGAUUCUGAGUAGACUAACCAAUUAUGUACACAGGGUUAUUAACUGAACUAAAGUGAAGUGUUGGUAAUGCAAAAUGAAUUUGAACUUUGUUGCCAAAAUCACCUAAUUGGAAUUUCUUAGCUGUGCCAGCUAAUUUUGCUUUUCAGCUCUUUUGGUCUAACAUAUUAAGUUUCCUUUGAAUUCCUGACUGUCUACGUUUGAAUAUUACUGACAGUUUAACUGUUAUAUAGUAACACUUGCA